UUUCAGUAUUCAAAUCGUUCGGAGUGCACGAUCUUCCUUCCCUUCAGUCUGUGACAGACGGGCAAUCAAGACAUGUGGAAUUAUUUCUUAUGGGUUUUUCUCUCGGCUUGCGUUGCGUCUCAGCGCCUGGAAGAAACACUGGGAUCGCACUGGCGUCGGACAGGGUACAAAAACAUCCAGUCGUCCUUGUUUCUCCGCAGUAUUGAAGGGAGGGCCAAGAACGUCAUCUUCUUCCUCGGGGAUGGAAUGGGCAUCUCAACGGUCACAGCAACCCGCAUUUACAAGGGACAGAAGAAAGGCGGGAAGGGAGAGGACGAACAACUGGCUUUCGACAAGUUCCCCUAUGUCUCUCUUUCAAAAACUUACGGUUUGGACAGGCAGACUUCUGAUUCGGCGAACACAGCGACAGCCUACUUGUGCGGUGUGAAAGCUAACUAUGGAACCCUUGGAGUUGACGGACGCGUCAAGUAUCAAGAUUGUUCAUCCUCUCUCGACAAUUCCACCCAUGUUGAUUCCGUUUUAAGCUGGGCACAAGAGGCAGGCAAGUGGACAGGAUUGAUCACAACAACUCGAGUGACUCAUGCGACUCCUGCCGGAUUGUACUCACAUUCAGCUAGCAGAGAGUGGGAAGGGGCCUGCCCUGACUCCAGGUGUCCCGAUAUCGCAAAGCAGUUGAUCCGGCAUUCUCCAGGCAAAGAUAUCAGAGUUAUCAUGGGUGGAGGGCUGUGUAACUUUCUGCCUUCGGGCAGCGAGUAUCGUGGUGCAGAAGGCAAAAGAAACGAUUCCCUCAACCUGCUAAAUGAAUGGCUGGAUGACAAAUCUGCAAAGAGGGGCAAAGCCGUCUUCACUGCUAAAGAACUGCUGUCUCUUGACACAACAAAUGUUGACUACUUACUCGGUCUUUUCCAUGCUGACCAUUUGCCAUAUGUUCUUGAUCGACCCAGUCUGCCCGACCCGACACAGUACCCGUCUUUAGCUGAAAUGACUGCUGCUGGGAUCGAGGUGCUCAGGAAAAACGAUGAAGGAUACUUCCUUCUCGUCGAAGGUGGCAGCAUCGAUCUUGCCCAUCACAUGAACUGGGCAAUGAAAUCUUUAGAAGAGGGAUAUCAGUUCGACAAGGCCAUUCAAACUGCACUCAACAUGACCGAUUCCAAAGACACUUUGAUAAUAGUCACUGCUGACCACUCGCACACCUUUACCAUAGGAGGGGAUUAUCCAAUCAGAGGAUCCAAUAUUCUAGGACUAGGCGGAGUGUCUGACGUCGAUAAUAGAACAUACACCACCCUUGGUUAUCACAAUGGCCCUGGAUACAAGAUGGAUUCCCGGGAACGAAAUUUAACGCAAGAAGAAGCUCUUAACAAAGAUUUCAAAAUGGAUACUGCCUUACCAUUGAGCUACGAAACUCAUGGCGCCGAAGACGUAGGCGUAUAUGCCCUGGGUCCGUGGGCACAUCUGUUCCAUGGUGUACAUGACCAAUCAUAUAUUCCCUACGUCAUGGGUCAUGCAGCCUGCAUGGGCCCACAUGUGGACCUUGCCCAGUGCAGUUCAGCGUUGUCAAAUCUGAUGGCUGGAGGAUGGUUCACGGUGGGGAAAAUGUUAUUCAUGAGUAUCUCUAGUUAUGUGUUUAGUGUUUACAGACUAUCUUGAUGAUACGAUUUCUAUGAAUUCACUUGUCAUCGUAAUUAUGAAACAAAUCCUGCUUUGAUGUAAAGACUUGUCGACUGUCCGUCAUGAUGGCACAAAAAUUGCCUCAAGCUGGAUUUUCUAUGUAUUUCUUUUUGGGCUUCAUGACAUUUGUUUCAGCGUAUCACAGAAGAAAAGAAUCUCUGAACAAGACUUAUAUGGCAGAAUCGAAAGUGUUUCUGCGGUUGUAAUGAGUACUUUUUUUACUUAUUGGUGUACGUUUGCGGAAGUUUUUCAUAUUCUCUUUGUGAGAAAAAAAAAGACAUUUUGAUGAAUGCAAAAUGACAGUACGUUUUAAUAAAGAUAUGUGUAUUGAAAUUGUUUUUACCUAAGCCGAUUUUUAAAAGUUUUGUAAAACAUUUUCCUACAAUUGUCCCAUAAAUGUGAGUACACUGAAUAACUAAAGAGAAAUAUUGGUUUAAAAAUGUAAAAUAUUUCUGAAUGAAAAUAAUUUUGAUACAUACCAUAUAAUGAAGCAAUGUUCGUAAGUCAAUGUGUGCAUGACUUUUAUUUUAACGUAUUAUGCGUUCUUUUUUUUGCUCAUUUCUAUUUUGAGAUUUAAUUAAAAAUAUCGUCGU